UACAAGAGAAUAUUUCCUUUUAGCAAAUUACUGCUUUUGUUUUAGCAAACAAAUUCAUUGAAAGUCAAUAUUAAUUGAGUUUUUGCCAUUUGUGACUUAAAGAUAAUUGAUUUAUUAUAAGAAAAUGGAAAGUGUCAAUAAACUAGUAUUUACUUUAUAUCUUUUGUUUCAAACAUUUUCGAUACAAGUUGGCGCUGCUAAUGCCGAGGCGGAACCACAGUGCGAAUCAAAAUGUAACUGUGACCUCAAACUACUGGAGAAAAUUGCCAUAAUGGGAACGGAAUUGUCGCAGUUCAGAGAAACAAUUGAGAAGCAACAAGCAAACAUGGAACGACAACAAACGGAAAUCGAAAGUCUUCAAAAUGAACUGACAGGACUGAGACCAAAGCCGGCGAUUGCCUUCCUCGCAGAGCUGACAACUUCAAUGUCAGGGUCAAGUUUCCGCGUCUACUUCCGGAACGUGAAACUGAAUCUGGGGAACGCUUACAUACCACAUCAUGGGCUAUUUAUAGCUCCACUCAAUGGUACAUAUCUGUUUGCCAUUACUGCAUGUUCUAAACCAAGUACAUGGAUUGUACUUGAACUUGUUGUCGAGAAUACUGUUGUUGGUCAAAUUUUGGCUGGAGACAACGUCUACAGAGACUGCAACUCAAAACAAUUUGUUGUACAGCUUAAAGCAGGCAAUGAUGCUUUCAUUCAGCAUGGAGAUGGGAGCUUUCUUGAAGCCUACACAAAUCCGUCAUUCAUGGGCGUACUUUUACAAGCAAAUUAA